GCAUGGGAGUUUUCCCGCAUUCGCAGCUCUUAUAUAGUCCUACCCCACCCGCAUAUUCUCCUACCACCAUCUGCUUCGUACAGUUAUUUCUCGCACGAACACAUACCGGGAAGAGCUGCUCGCAUCGCACUCUCUCCAGUUUAGUUAGUGACAAGCUUGCGUCGAAGUUGCGAGAGAGCUUGAAGAGCUUGGUCUGUGGUUGGGAGCCAAAUGUCUCUUUCUAUGGAUGGGAAUGUGGCAGGAGGAGUUGGUACAGUGUUCGAGAAUGGGUUCGAUCAUGACUUGCUCCCUUCAACAGAGGACCAACAUGAAGGGGUCAUCGUGGAGAAUCUGGAGAUCGCUGCCCCUAUGGGGCCUGAGGUCUUCGGUGCCAGGCUCAGAGCCUCAAUCUCCGAAUGGAAGAGAAAGGGAAAAAAGGGCGUGUGGAUUAAAUUUCCCCCUGAACUCGCGAAUCUUGUCGAAAGUGCCAUACAGGUGGGCUUUCGAUACCACCAUGCUGAGCCAAGUUACCUCAUGAUGACAUACUGGAUUCCUGAAAGUACUUGCAUGCUGCCUGCAAAUGCUUCGCACCGAGUACGUGUUGGGGCAAUUGUCUUGAACGACAAAAGAGAGGUACUUGUAGUCCAGGAAAAGAGCGGCGCUCUAAAGGGAAUGGGUCUGUGGAAAAUCCCCACUGGAGUGGUCGAUGAGGAUGAAGACAUAGAGGCAGCAGCCACGAGAGAAGUGAAAGAAGAGACUGGAAUUGAUACGGAGUUCAAAGAGAUCCUAUUGUUCAGGCAAUCGCACAAAGCAUUCUUUGAGAAGUCGGAGUUAUUUUUCUUAUGCAUUUUGCGACCGCUGUCCUUUGACAUUCAGAAACAAGAUCUGGAGAUCGAGGCAGCUCAGUGGUUGCCGUUGGAAGAUUUUGCUGCUCAACCUUUCGCCCAACAAAAUGACCUCUGUGAGUGCAUUACUGAAAUAUGCUUAGCGAGAGCAAACCACGACUAUUCCCGAUUCGUCCCCGUGGAUACACCUACGAGGUCGAUUUCUGACAACGGAUUACAGUACGUCUAUCUGAAUGCUAAGACCUUACUGAGGGGAUAGUGCUUUUAGAUAUUUGUCCAAGUGCCAGUUUACUCUAAAUUCAUGUGUAAUUUAGUCUGCUAAAGUUUCUUCUUCCCCUAGCUCGGCUGAACUGGCAUGCCAGUACCGAGUUGUAAUUGCGGCAAAUGCUAGAAAUAGUUCAUAGUA